CUAAAGUUUCAGGCAAAUUCAUAAUAAUCUACAACAGGUGGAUUUUAGUAUUGUUUAAACAGUCGAUACAUAAUCUACAAUAACUCUGUCCAAUUUGUCCAACAAAAAUGGCCUGUUUUUGUGAAAUGAUAGGGCUCGCCUGUUUAGUGGCGCUCCUAAUGAGUUUUUCCAAUAAGGCACCAUAUCAGCUAAAAAUGGCCAUAUUUUUAAUUGGUUCAGGAGCCAUUGUACUUAUUUGUAUACCAUUUAUGAUAUUCAGACCAAAAGAUUAUAAAAAUGCUUUUGCACCCGCCUGGGCCUGCCGGCAGCUGUGUAAAGCUUUAGGCGUCACCAUGGAAGUAAGAGGUCUUGAAAAUAUACGCAAAGAUACUGGUAGUGUAGUUUUAAUGAAUCAUCAAAGUGCUUUAGAUCUUUUAGUUUUGGCUUAUCUUUGGCCUGUGAUUGGACGUGCUACCGUUGUCUCUAAGAGAGAAAUCUUAUAUUUACCCUUUUUCGGUUUUGGUUCCUGGCUUUGGGGUACAUUAUUUAUUAACAGAUCUCGCAAAUCAGACUCCAUAAAUGCUCUGAAGAAAGAAUCAAAAGCCAUUAACGAAAGGGGCUGUAAAUUAUUACUCUUCCCCGAAGGUACACGCAAUUCCAAAGACACCUUGUUGCCUUUCAAAAAAGGUUCCUUCCACAUUGCCCUCCAGAGUCAAUGCCCCAUACAACCGGUGGUCAUAUCGAAAUAUUGGUUCUUAAAUAGUGAAGAAAAAACCUUCCGAUCCGGUCAUGCCAUUAUACAAAUUUUACCCGAAAUUCCUACAGCUGGCUGCACAACGGACGAUAUGGAUGCCAUAAUCGAUAAAACUAGAAAUAUUAUGCAAUCUGAAUAUACCAAACUUAGCCAGGAAGCUAAGGCCAUCAAUUCAAAAAAGCAAAAUUAAGUAAUAGAUUCACCUUUACAUGAACAUUUGAACAUCAACAACUUAACGAAUUAAAUGACAAACCACAAGAAAUUCUAGUUUUAACUCAGGUAUUGUAGCAUCAAUUUCCUAAAGAACAAAAAAACCCAAAAACAUACAAAAUUUUGUAUUGAUUACAAAAAGCAUACCAAAAAAAUAAAAGACGGACAAAGGAAAGAUCUAAAUCUUAAAUCGAAAAACAACCAAAAAAGUAUUUGCUAAAGCAAUUAAUUAAGAGAAACUGUUGAAAAUGAUAAAAGACAUUUCUCGGCGAUAAGUUUAAAACUUUUUUUCUUCUGCUUACCGUAACGAAGUAAAAAUUUAAGAAAAAAAACAAC